CCCGUCUCGCCGACGACGACACACAACUGAUGCUCACGUUUCAGAUGACACACAUCGGCGGUGUUGUGUCCCUCAUCUACGGAGUGCUCCUCCACUCGGGUGCGCCUCAAAGGGCUGACGGCGAUCGGCCCCCACUCGCCGCCGAGCAUACCCUGGAUCUGACUCUGGAAGUGAUCAGACUUUUGAAUUAUGUGUCGCUAUUGGAUCUGAAUGUGGUUCAGUCUGUUUUGGGCGGCGAAGGGCUGUCACUACAGCUCCGGCACAUCUGUUCAUACCUUCUCUGGUAUUGCACUCACCAUAAGAAGGAAGCGCUGCUCAACGAAGCGAUUCUAUUGGUCGGCAACUUUGUUGUCCUCAACGACGAGAAUCAGGCGCUGUUAGAGUCGGGCCAACGGCCGACUGUCGUCCAGCAGUUGUGUUCGCUGCCCAUCGAGUACUUCAGCGACGAUCGACUGUCUCGGGUGUUGUUCCCGACGCUAAUCGCCUGUUGUUUUCAAAACCCGCAAAACCGGACGGUUUUGGAGAAAGAGAUGUCAACUCUAAUGCUCUCGACGUUCAUCGAGUCCACGAUCGUUGGCCUUCAGCUCCGGGCCGUCGACAGUCACGUGUCGGCCAACUCUCUCGCCGAACAGCGCCUGACGUUUGCGAAGAGGUUUCCGAAGAACCGCUGGAAUGAAGCGAAGGACUACUUCGAGGCCCAGACAGAGGCCGACCCAUAGGUGUCGGUGCCGUACAGACCGUACAGACUGUUGGUUUGGCCGCUGUUUUACAGCUACCGGUGCUUAAGAAAGUCAUUUCUAUUUCUAUUACAGUCUAAGAGAUUACGUGUAAAUACUAUACUAUUGUGCACUCAAUUAACAUAGAUUUUAUACAUUAAU